CAUUCUCUCAUCAACUCUCAACCGUAUCUUGGUCGCAUACAUCCGGCGACCGCACCACUUACACAACCAUCAGCUCUCUACAGCUAUUUGUCCCCUUUCUCUUACACGCGCGUGUAAGCUCCCAUUUCCAACCUUCACCCGCGCAAACUCCACAAAGACAACCGUCACCAUGCCCGUUGAGCUUCGCAAGCGCAAGGCCCCGCCUCCGCCUCCCGCGCCGGUGAAGAAGCGGGCCACCAAAGCCACCAAGGCCGCCGCCAAGGCCAAGGAACAAGUCGAGGACGUCGCCUCCAAGGCUGCCGAAACCGCUUCCAAGGCCGCUGAGGUCGCCACCGAGACCGCUACCGCCGCUGCCCAGACGGCUGCCGAAGCCGUUGCCAACGGCGCGGCGAAGGUGGCUACGGCUCUGGCCGGCAACCCCAAGGUCGGCGAUCUCAUCGACCUGGACAACUUUGGCGGUGAGGUUGAGACCAAUGACGGCACCAAGACCAGCUUGAAGAAGCUCGUUGAGGAGAGCAAGGCUGGUGUGGUGUUGUUUACUUAUCCCAAGGCUUCUACUCCUGGCUGCACGCGGCAAGUCUGUCUCUUCCGCGACUCGUACACCGCCCUCUCCUCCGCCACCGGCCUCUCCAUUUACGGUCUAUCCUCUGACUCUCCAAAGGCCAACACCACCUUCAAGGAGAAGCAGAAGCUCCCUUACCCCUUGCUGUGCGACCCCUCGUACGCCUUGAUUGGCGCCAUCGGCCUCAAGAAGGCUCCCAAGGGCACCACCCGCGGCGUCUUUGUCGUGGACAAGCAAGGCAAAGUCCUAGCUGCUGAGGCCGGUGGCCCCGAGGCGACGGUCAAGGUGGUGGAGAGGGUAGUGAGUGAGAUGGGGGAGGAGGGCAAGACUGAGAAGGAGGAGGAGGAGGAGGAGGCGGAGGAGGGUGAGAAGAAGGAAGGCGAGGAGGAAGAGAAGGCCGAAAAGGACGAGCCUAAGGAGGAAGGUGAGGAAAAGAAGGAGGAUAAGGCUGAGGCCAAGGAAAGUGAGGAGAAGGCUGAGGCGAAGGAAAGUGAGGAGAAGAAGGAUGAACAGGACGAGACCGAAGCCGCAGAGAAAAAGGAUGAAAAGAAGGAUGAAAAGGAUGAGACCGAGGCCGCAGAGAAAAAGGAUGAAAAGAAGGAUGAGAAGGACAAGACCAAGGCCGAAGAGAAGAAGGAGGAGCAGGACAAGGACUCCGAGACCAAGGACGACGACGAGAAGAAGGCGGAAAAGAAGGAUGCCGCCACCGACGAGGAGAAGAAGGAGGAUACAACAAACGGCGAGAAGAAGGACGAGAAGAAGACCGAGGAGAAGAAGUCUGAUGACGACAAGGCCGAGGAUAAGAAGGAGGACAAGGAGGCUGAGGAGGAAAAGAAGGACGAGAAGAAGGACGAAAAGAUAGAAGAGAAGAAGGAGAAGGAGAAGGAAAAGGAUGAUACCGAGAUGAAGGACGCAUAAAAUAUCCCUCUUUCCUUGAUAUCUUGUUUCAGUACUCAUUCAUUUUGGUUUAGCUUGGUUGUGUUUUUUUGGUCCUGUCUCUAACAUUUCCUUGUCUCAAAAUGUAUAAUCCUU